UUGCAGCCAAGUGAGCAAGACAACACACCAGAUUUCUGAGAUAAUCAAAAUCAGCACCUGUGCAAGAUGGAGUACCAGGGACAGCAGCAGCACGGCCAGGCGGCGACCAACCGCGUCGCCGAGUACGGUAACCCGGUGGCCGGACAUGGCGCCGGCACCGGCAUGGGCGCGCACGGCGGCGUCGGCACCGGCGCCGGCGCGGCUGCAGGUGGGCAUUUCCAGCCCACGAGGGAGGAGCACAAGGCCGGAGGGAUCCUGCAGCGCUCCGGCAGCUCCAGUAGCUCCAGUUCGUCUGAGGAUGAUGGCAUGGGCGGGAGGAAGAAGAAGGGCAUCAAGGAUAAGAUCAAAGAGAAGCUUCCGGGUGGCCACGGCGACCAGCAGCAGACCGCCGGCACCUACGGACAGCAAGGUCAUACGGGAACGGCCGGCACCGGCGGCACUUACGGCCAACCGGGACACACCGGAAUGGCUGGCACCGACAGCACCGGUGAGAAGAAGGGCAUCAUGGACAAGAUCAAGGAGAAGCUGCCCGGACAGCACUGAGCCCGGCCCGCAGCAGCUACUCGAGAGUUGAGGUGCCGAUCUGGCCACCUUUGCAGAAUAAUAAGAUGGAGAUGCAGUAAAACUUCCCGAAAUAAAGUGAGCUACUCACUUGUGAUGUCUGAGUUCUGAGUCUGGUGGACUUGAAUUUGGGCUGCUUGUAUGUACCCGGGAUGUUUUGUGCUCUGUACUUCGAUGUGUGAAUUUUCUUUUGGUUGUACUGUGUAUUUAUUAUAUGGGGAUGUAUAUCAUGGUAUAAUGCAAUAUAUUUUGCCCUUUUACUUGAA